UCGCCGAACUUCAUAACAGCGCGGACGCCGCCGCUCUUCAAACUGCUCAACAUUCAGCAUUAAACACGCGCGAAUUUUGCCCAAAAUUUCAAUCAUACUUCCAAAAAUACCACAAAACUUCUCUUUUAAAUACAAAAACAAAUAAAAUUUAUAAAAAAAAAACUUAAAAUUUAAAAGUGUUGCGCGACAAGUUUUUAUUUACUCAUAGACGCACGUGUGGUAAUUAAAAACUAGAAAUAUAAUUAAAGUGAAAUGUAAUUAUUCGAAAAAUGUGUAUUAAUAAUUUUUGAGUAAAGUGUGUGUUGGACUGUGUGUUGAUUCGAAAUGUUGUGCUGAAGAGUUUUAGUUGUUGAAGAGUUGUGGAAAAAUCUUUAGUUUGUGUGCAUUGUGCGCGGCCGAGUUUUGUUUGGUCGAAACUUUGCGUUGUGUUCUUGCUUGGUUACCGAAAGGAAAUUAAAACACGCGCUGAAAAUCGCAAUGAUGAACAACCUCGUAAUCGUCACGUCGAUCGUCGCAUUCGUGUCGGUAUUGUCCGUCUCGAAUCCAAUUGCACAAGCAGGACCAUUACAUAAUAGCAAAACAAUAAUCACAACAAUGGAGGAGCCAUUGAACGCUAUCAGAAAGAAACGUGAAAUUUAUCCGGAAAUCAUGGAUGACCAACCUGGGUCCUUAGAGAAAGUCACUGAAGACCAAUCUCAACAAGUUUGUGUAGUAGGUGAUCUAGUCUACGAGGCAGAUGAAGCAGUCCCGGCUGAACAACCCUGCCUAAAAUGCAAAUGCCAACCACCCGGUGUGCAUUGUGAGACCACACGAUGCGAAAAGAAGCCCGGAUGCAGGGCGAUCCACAAACCAAACACGUGCUGCCCCGAAUACCAAUGCGAAUGCGAAUACGAGGGCAGGACCUACGCAAAUGGGGAGCGCCUGGAACAGAAGCCGGGCACCGAAUGCAAAGUGUGCUAUUGCCGCGGCGGGGAGGUGCAGUGUGCGGAGGUCUCCUGUUACAUACGCAAUGAUUGCGAGGGUCGACAGGUGCCAGGGAAAUGUUGUCCUAAAUACGAUCAUUGCCCACCCAAAGAACCUUCAAAUGUCUUCUUUGCUAAUGAAAUAAACGAAACCACGAAACAAACGAGCAAAAUCCUCGAGAAUAUCCUCCCACAUAAUCCAGAUGACCAUCAGGAGAUUACCAUACAUGAAAUCAUCCCGGAAAUUAAGGAGAUACCGAUUACUAACUCCCCAAAACGUGAAAUCAAUGAAGUUGUACAUAAACAAUUGAUUAAAGAAGAUGAUGAUCAACAUGAUGAAAGUAAUGACCUACCACCAGACUCAGAAUCUGAUGGGAGUGAAGUUGCUGAGGUCUAUCAACAUCCUCCAUCAGUUCUACGUAUAGGGGACAAGUUAUUAUUCUUGAAAAAAGAUGGAGAAUUGGUUAAUGAAAAGGGUGUUAGUACUCCAGCUACGGUGAUUACCAUCAUAGGAGCUGAGGGAUUACAAAGAGGUGGAGUUGAGGUGGAAGCUGAAGAAACGCUGAAGACUACCCUGGAUGAUAUCCCAGAGGUCCCUGAAGAUGAGGAAGAUAUUCAAACAGUUGCAGAAUCUACGUAUAUUUUAUCGCUGGUAAAGAGGCCGGUUUCUACAACUACAACAACUACAGAAUCUGCGUUGGAAUAUUCUUCAUCUGUAUCUUCUUUGGGAGAAGAAGAAGGGGAAGAUUUUAAUUCUACGGAUAGCAGUUUUGAUGACUUAGAAUUAGAUGUUGGUAAUUUUACUGAUUUAAGCACUACAAGUGAUGAAGAUUCUACAACUGAAGGAUUAGGCGUUAAUAUUAACACUACUACAACAGACUUAGAAAAUGAAGAAGAUGAGUUUAACAGUACUUCCGAAGCAACUACAAUUUCUUCUCCAACUGUUUCUCCAACUCCAACACCUCCCACGUCUUCUAUAAGUACAUCUCCCCCUCAUGAAAAAGAAGAAGUCUUAGAAUCAAACCCCGAAUACCCUCCGAUUCCCGAUGUUAUGACGCAGCAAGUAGAAGAACCCGAACCUCAACCUCAACCCCAACCCCAACCUCAAUCACCACAACUCGAAGCAAAAAUACUUCCGGAAGUUUUCGAAUUACAAGCAAUCAGCGCGAAUUCUUCCCAAAACGCCACGAAUUCAUCCUGGCUGAAGAAAACUUUAUUAAAUCCUGCCGCCACGUUGCCCGAGAGUAUCCUGACCAGCGUAGCGGAAAGUGAUGCAAGCACCACCGAGGAACCGGAAGCGACCACGACCACAACAAUAACAACCGAAGCAACUUUCGCCACGAGCACAAGAUCAAAGGAAACGAUGGAGAGUCUAGAGCAGAACGCAGAUAGCGGCGAGAACGUGACUGAAAGCCCCGAUCACGCUUCGAUACUCAACGAUGAUGAAAGCAGCAACGCAAGCGUCGAGGGUGAAGCCACCGCGGAUACACCCAGGUCGGUGUCAUCCGAAGGCGAGCAAAACACAGCGGAAUUAGUGGAAAUGCUGCCUGGGUAUGAAAAUAUCACAGCCGCACCUGUGGAACCAGAGAUCAAACGUCCUGAUGAUGUUGAAAUGGUCGAUGUGGAUCUCAUGCGUGGGCAUAAUUCAGAUGAAGAUGCAAAAAACGCAACACACGAAGGAAAAAUUGAAAAAACGCAUAAAAUUUUAGGAAAACGUGAAUCAAAUGAAGACGAAUCCAUAUUCGAAGAAUUAAACCGUGAAAUAGGGUUAGAUUCAGGCACAAUUAAUGAAGAUCCACCCGUGGAACAGUCCGAAGAUGAAGCUAAACAAAUAUUCAAAGAGUUGCUGGAUGAGGCAACCAGUAAUACAACACCGAAGCCGGUGAAUCUGCAAGGUACGGCAACGCCGCAGACACGCGAGCAACACCAGCAGGCUGUCGCCCUCGCGCGGAUUGGCGACGCACUAGCCAAACUCCAACUGCGGGAUUCGAAAAAGGAGGGGAGUUGACACGAACGUUCUCGGCAUUCUACGUGAUUUCUUCACGGCACAAUAUCGCGCGUACAAUUAAUCCCUAACCUCUAAAAAUUCAAGAGAAGAAAACCUACAGUGAUUUAAUUUUAAUUUUCGUGUUCGUUUGGUUGUCUAAACAAAUUCCAUUUCAUGUAUUGACCAAAGUUGAGACUGCGUACGCGAUGCAAGCAUAAGGCUAUUGUAAAUUCUCCAUUAUUAUUAUUAUAAACGUAGAUAAAUCGCCAUAAAAACAAAAAUAAGUAUUCCGUAAUCAAACAGUUAAAAAUUUUAAUAUUAUUGUUGAUAUCAUCAAAGUUUUAGCGUAUUAAUCUUACUAGUAGACGAGAAUGAGCAUAAAUAUGAACAAAUAUUGUUAUAUUAUCAUCUAAGUGUAAUUGUGUAACGUAGGUGUGUUCCUGUAUCAUUUCUGCGCAUGACAAAGAGACUUCCAAGCGAGAUUGAGCUGACAUCAAAACGUUAGCGGCUGAUAAUAUGUGGCUAAACAUUUUUCUAGCGUUAAGAUAAAUUAUUUAUUACAUUAUGACAUUUAUUACUAUUGCAUCCCAUUUUAAAUUUUAAUAACUAUGAUAAGGUAAUGAGAUAGUUGCGUUUUAGGUUAUUGAAUUAUGUAAAAAAAGUAAAAAUGUACCAAAUAUACUCUUAUUGUACUUAUUAUAA